AUGAAGGAACAGGAGAAGGGAGAGGGGAGUGAUAGUAAGGAGAGCCCGAAGGCCAAAUCAGAUGAGUCGGGGGAGGAGAAGAAUGGGGAUGAGGACUGCCAGCGAGGCGGGCAGAAGAAGAAAGGGAACAAACACAAGUGGGUUCCGUUGCAAAUAGACAUGAAGCCUGAAGUGCCCAGAGAGAAACUGGUCUCUCGCCCUACUCGCCCACCGGAGCCACGACACACACCUGCCAACCGCGGGGAGAUCAAAGGGUCUGAGCCUGCCACCUAUGUGCCCGUGCCCGUGGCCCCCCCCACCCCAGCCUGGCAACCAGAGACCAAAUCGGAGCCUGCCUGGCACGACCAGGAUGAGACAUCGAGUGUGAAGAGUGAUGGGGCUGGUGGGGCGCGGGCUUCCUUCCGUGGCCGUGGACGGGGGCGUGGUCGCGGCCGGGGACGCGGCCGGGGUGGCACUCGAACCCAUUUUGACUACCAGUUUGGCUACCGAAAGUUUGACGGUGCAGAGGGACCGCGCACCCCCAAGUACAUGAACAACAUCACCUACUACUUUGACAAUGUCAGCAGCACUGAGCUUUACAGCGUGGACCAGGAGCUGCUUAAAGACUACAUCAAACGCCAGAUCGAAUACUACUUCAGCGUGGACAACUUAGAGCGAGACUUCUUCCUGCGACGGAAAAUGGAUGCUGACGGUUUCCUUCCCAUCACACUUAUCGCGUCCUUCCACCGAGUACAGGCCCUUACCACUGACAUUUCACUCAUUUUUGCGGCCCUAAAGGACAGCAAGGUGGUGGAGAUCGUUGAUGAAAAAGUCCGCCGAAGGGAGGAGCCAGAGAAAUGGCCUCUUCCUGGUCCCCCAAUAGUGGAUUAUUCCCAGACUGAUUUCUCCCAGCUUCUCAACUGCCCAGAGUUUGUGCCCCGCCAGCACUAUCAGAAGGAGACAGAGUCGGCACCCGGCUCUCCCCGUGCUGCCACCCCAGUGCCGACUAAAACAGAGGAGGUCAGCAACCUGAAGACCCUGCCCAAGGGCCUGUCUGCCAGCCUCCCUGACCUGGAUUCUGAGAACUGGAUUGAAGUGAAGAAAAGACCUCGGCCCUCCCCAGCACGGCCCAAGAAGUCAGAGGAGCCCCGGUUCCUCCACCCGACUACUCUGCCUCAGCAGCUGCCCUCUCAGCAGCUGAUGUCCAAGGAUCAAGACGAGCAAGAGGAACUGGAUUUCCUGUUUGACGAGGAAAUGGAGCAGAUGGAUGGGCGGAAGAACACCUUUACCGCCUGGUCUGAUGAGGACUCUGACUAUGAGAUUGAUGACCGGGAUGUCAACAAGAUCCUCAUUGUCACCCAGACGCCACCUUACAUGCGCCGGCACCCGGGGGGGGACCGCACAGGCAACCACACCUCGCGUGCCAAGAUGAGCGCUGAGCUGGCCAAGGUCAUUAACGAUGGGCUCUUCUACUACGAGCAGGACCUGUGGACCGAGAAGUUUGAACCCGAGUAUUCCCAGAUCAAGGCUAGGGCAGUCUUCCUACCAGCGUCCCCCGCCCCCCACCCCCCAAUCUCGUAUCCUCUGCAGCAAGAAGUCGAGAACUUCAAGAAAGUCAACAUGAUCAGUCGGGAGCAGUUUGACACACUAACCCCUGAGCCCCCUGUGGAUCCCAACCAAGAGGUCCCUCCUGGACCACCUCGCUUCCAGCAAGUUCCCACUGACGCCCUGGCCAACAAGCUGUUUGGUGCCCCCGAGCCCUCCACCAUUGCCCGCUCUCUACCAACCACUGUCCCAGAGUCGCCAAACUAUCGCAACGCCAGGACCCCUCGCACUCCCCGGACACCGCAGCUCAAAGACUCAAGCCAGACGUCACGGUUUUAUCCAGUGGUGAAGGAAGGUCGGACGCUAGAUGCUAAGAUGCCUCGGAAAAGGAAGACCAGACACAGCUCAAACCCACCCUUGGAGAGUCACGUGGGCUGGGUGAUGGAUUCUCGCGAGCACAGGCCCCGGACUGCUUCCAUAAGCUCCAGCCCCUCAGAAGGCACGCCUGCGGUUGGCAGCUAUGGCUGUACCCCUCAAUCACUGCCCAAGUUCCAGCAUCCUUCCCACGAGCUGCUCAAGGAAAACGGCUUCACACAACACGUCUACCACAAGUAUCGUAGGCGCUGCCUUAACGAGCGGAAACGCUUGGGCAUUGGCCAGUCUCAGGAGAUGAACACUCUCUUCCGCUUCUGGUCCUUCUUCCUCCGAGAUCACUUCAACAAAAAGAUGUAUGAGGAGUUCAAGCAGCUGGCUCUGGAGGAUGCCAAAGAAGGCUACAGAUACGGUUUGGAGUGCCUUUUUCGAUACUACAGUUAUGGCCUGGAAAAGAAGUUCCGGCUGGACAUAUUUAAGGACUUUCAGGAGGAAACCAUGAAGGACUAUGAAGCUGGUCAGCUGUAUGGGCUGGAGAAGUUCUGGGCCUUCUUGAAAUAUUCCAAAGCCAAAAAUUUGGACAUUGACCCCAAACUUCAAGAAUACCUCGGCAAAUUCCGACGUCUUGAAGACUUCCGAGUGGAUCCCCCCAUGGGUGAGGAGGGCAACCACAAGCGACACCCAGUGGCAGCAGGAGGUGGCAGCGGCGAGGGCAGGAGGCGGUGCCCCUCCCAGUCUUCCGGCAGGCCCUCCGCCGCGGUCAGCCAACCCCCCACACCAGCUACCGGCCAGCCCAUCCGAGAAGACGCUAAAUGGACAAGCCAGCACUCGGACGCACAGACUUUGGGAAAGUGA